UAGCCAGAUCCUGCCUCUAUACAAAAACAUUUUUUUAAAGGGCUAGGGUUGUAACAGGCAGUUAGAGCAGUUGCCUUACAUGCGCAAGGCCCUGGGUUCAAUUCCCAGUACUGAAAACAACAACAAAAUAUUAAAAAAAAAAAAAAAAAAAACAACAGAAAACACCACUCUCUCUGGAGAGGGAGACCAGCAAAACAAGACAGGCUGGCAGAACGUGUGGAGCAUUAGUUGAUGGUGAGUGGUGUGGAGGAGAUGAAGCAGUGGGGAUGUGGGCCACAGUGGUCACCAAGAGCCAGUUUGAGAAGACAAAGUGGACCAGACAGGAAGGAGGUGAGAGAAGGAGUCAGAGCACUUUGGGCAAGGCAGCAGCCCUGAGCAUGGCUGGAGCGGACACACUGGUGUCUGUGGGGGCCUGCGGGGGAGGUGGAGGUCAUCCUAAGGUCUCAGUUGUGCUCUGAGUAGAGUCACUGUAGGGUUUUGAUUAGAAGAAGGUCAUGGUUUGACUCUUGUCCUAUCUUUAAAUGGGAAUAGUAAUGUUUAUGAGUUUGUUGUGAAGUUGAGACAAGUCACAUGAGUCAACAAACAGUAGAGUUAACAAAUGUCAGUGGCUUACCAUGGAUUGGGUCCACCCAAGAGAUUGAGAUUAGGUGGCAGGGAGGUGGGUGAAGCAGAUCAUGUCUCCAGUAUACAAUGGAAUGGGGGCUCCACCGUUGUCUCCGGGUAAAAUACUGAAGGCAUAUGUAGGGAGUCACACCUGCUGUGUGAUGUUGGGAGAAUAAUUUACCUCUUGGUUACUUUCUUAGUUACUUCCUUUGUAUUUCAUAGUCAAUAUGUGUAACCAUCUGGGCAUGGAGAUGCACACCUGUAAUCCCAGCAACCCUGGAUGAUGAGGCAGUAGGUCCCAAAUUCUGGGCCAGCCUGGGCAACUUAGACUCUGUCUCAAAAUUUAAAAGUAGAAGUGGUGGGGGAGGCUGGGGAUGCAGCUCGUUGGUAGAGUGCCCCGGGUUCAUUUCCCAGUACCAGAAGGAAAAAAACACCAGAUUAAUUUAACUUGUCUCAUAGGGUGUUUGGGAGGAGGGUUUAGAAGAGUGCUUGGCUGGUGGGAGGCUCUUACCCAGGGCUCCGUGCCUCUGUGCAUCACUGUUAGAUAACAACAGGCUGGAAUUUCAUCAUGAGCUGCUGUGUUGCAGCUGAAUAACUCACAGGUCCUGACAUCAGAAACAACUAGAAUCAAGAACCUGGUUUCCCUCUUACUGGCUAUGUGACCUUGGGGGAAUAACUCAGCUCCUCAGUUCCCCACUUAGCAGAUGGGACCAAGAAUGGCUCCAGACUGUUGUGAGGCACUAAGGACAUGGUACACAUCAAACUGGGCCAGUGUAGAUGUGAGCGGUCACAGCUUUCACUGGGGGACCUCUCUCCCCAGUAUGCCUCUCUGCAUAAAGCCCUUCUGUGACACAUUUCCCCUCAGAGAGACAAUGUGAAGCUCACUGAGUCCUCAGAAAGAGGAAGUAUCUUAUUUCCCACUGGAAGUCAUCUUGAGACUGACCGUUCUCUCCCCACUAAUGCCCCCCCCCACACACCUGCCCACCUUGCCCUCUGUGCCACAGCACUGUUCCCAAAGCCUGCUGUCUGCUCCCUGGGGAGCAGUCAGCUUGGCCUGCACCUGCUCGCUCCACAGAGCUUCAUCAGCUCGGGUGCUCGCGGCGGUCCUGUCCCUCUGGGCACUGCUUUGGCUGCAUUUCUUCAGCUUUGGUGUGUUGUGGUUUUGUUUUCAUUCACUGCAAAAAGCAUUUUCAAAUUUCCCUUGUGAUUUCUUCACGGACCCUUUGGAGAUUUAGGAAGGGGUUUAAUUUCUACACAUCGGCAAGUAUUUGUCAGGUGCCGACCCAGUGUCCAUGAGUGCUGUGCUGGGUCCUGGGGUCACAUUAGGGAACAAGGAAGGCCAGACAGUAAACACACAGCGAGGAGGACAUCACCAGCCAGUGGCAGUGACUGGGAUGUAGAGAAGAGUGGGAUGGUGGCCUGGGAAUGCCACCAGAAGGAGGAUCUGAGGAAGAACAUUCCAGGCAGAAGGAAAGAUCCAUGUUGAUUUUUUUUUUUUCCAAGAUAGUAGCCAACACCCCCUCCUACCAGGUUCCUUGUGCAGACCUCCCUCCUACCCAGAAGGAUGUGGAAUAAGAGGGAAUAAGACUCCUGCCUCCACUCCCAGGACACAGCUUCUAGCUGCUCAGGCCAGUUGCUCCCUUAUAGACUGUUGCUCUAUGACCUUGAGCAAGUCACUUGGCCCCUCUGUGCCUCUAUUUUCUCACCUUUUCAAUGGAGAGAACAAAUAUCCCAUCUCAGUUUUGGUGGGAUUCAGUGAGUUAACAGGAUAAUGUGCUCAGAAAGGUGGGCAGCCUGUGGAAAUGCCAGCCAGCCACAGCUGUUAGUAACAGGUAAUGUCCACCUUCCCACCACCCCAGGUUGCUCCCCUAAGCCCAGCAUUCCUGCACUGAGUGUUUUCUCCUAACCCCUGGGGCCCGACCUAGGUUCUGGAGAGAGAUUAAAUGGAGAAAGUAUGAAGGGCAUGGGAUGUCAAGCCUUGUCCAAGGACAAGGACACUCAGCUGGAGAUAAAAAUAUCGAACUCCGGUGGACAGGGGGUGGAGGAGGCACUCACCUUUUACCUGUGGGAGGAGAGAACCUGCCAUGCUGACGGAGGAUGGGGGUCUGUGUCUUGGGAGGCCCCUGGGUUCCUAAAGUGGGCUGGACACUGAGCCAGGCCCCAAGGGUAGGGAUGAUGGGCAUGUAGCAGACCCCAUGGGCACCUCUCUUAUUGGCUCAAAGGCUGGCUGGGUCCUGAGAACUCAGAGCAACUGCAGGAGACAGUGCUGGGGCGAUUGUUCAGACAGGACAGCUGCAGUCUGGGGUGUUAAGUACUCCUAGGCAGGUGCUGGGAGUGCUUGCUUGAGCUCCCCCAGGUGUGUGAUGUCAUCAUGGCUGUGUGCAAAGCUCAGGGGACAGAUGUGUUCCAUUAUGUGCUGUGCCGGCCUCUUCAGUCCCCCUGCAGUUCAGGACUUCCAGCCCUGUUUUAAACAUGGAGAAACUGUGGACCCCAGCAGAUGGCAUUAGACCCCCAUGUCUUCCCAGUCGCAGGGCCUGUGAGUUGCUGUCUGGAUCAGGCUGUCCUCCAGAAACACCAGCACCCUUGCAAGCAGACACUUCUUCCCACCUUGAAUUCCGGGAGAGCCCCUUCCCCAGGACCGGCUCUUCCUGUUCUCUUGCCUUCUGACUUCCCUUUUCUACUCCUAGAAGCAGUAGCAGUAACGACACGUGGUGAUACUUUCCAUUCAUGCCAGCAGCACUUUACCUCGAGAGCUUCCACGUGCCAACACUGCGUCCUCGUAACAGCCCUGUGGCCUAGGGAUAUGCUCUUCUUCCCCCUUUGGAGAUGAGGUGGUCGCUUAGUUAGAAAGUGGCAGGGCUUAGAGUUGAACCUGGCAUUCUCGCUCUGGAGCCCACUCUCCGAAUCACUCUGACAGAGCUGCUGUUACCCUCAUUUUACAGAGGCAAGCAAGUCCUGAGGGGACUGAGAACAGAAAGUGGAACCCGAGGUGACAGAGAGUCUUAGAACUGAGAUCAGAGGCUCCCCCAGUGCCAGGGGAGCUAGACUGAGAAGGAGAGAAUGGACUUGCAGGUGGUGAGGGGGAGGAUCUGGAGAUGGACUGGGAGGGUCUCCCUUCUCCCCAUCUGCCAGAAAUGGAGGCAAACCCGGCAGGCAGCAGCGCCGGGGGUGGUGGGAGCAGCGGCAUCGGGGGCGAGGACGGGGUUCAUUUCCAGAGCUACCCGUUUGACUUCUUGGAAUUCCUCAACCACCAGCGCUUCGAGCCCAUGGAACUGUAUGGGGAGCAUGCCAAGGCAGUGGCAGCCCUGCCCUGUGCCCCCGGGCCCCUACCUCAGCCUCCGCCCCAGCCCCCACCUCCCCAAUAUGACUACCCACCCCAAUCUACUUUCAAACCCAAGGCGGAGGCUCCUUCCUCCUCCUCCUCCUCCUCCUCCUCCUCCUCUUCAUCCUCCUCCUCGUCGUCCUCCUCCUCAUCGUUGUCCUCUUCCCAAGCCAAGAAGCCAGAUCCGCCCCUGCCACCCGCUUUUGGGGCCCCUCCGCCUCCGCUCUUUGACGCUGCCUUCCCUGCCCCACAGUGGGGUAUCGUCGACCUCUCGGGACACCAGCACCUGUUUGGAAACCUGAAACGAGGAGGGCCGGCUUCUGGGCCGGGGGUAGCACCUGGGCUGGGUGCUCCAACAGGUGCACCAGGGCCACUUCCAGCCCCCUCGCAGAACCCACCAGGACCCGCCGCAGGGGCGGCCUGCGACCCAACCAAGGAUGACAAGGGCUACUUCCGGAGGCUGAAAUACCUGAUGGAGAGGCGCUUCCCCUGCGGUGUGUGCCAGAAGUCCUUCAAGCAGUCCUCGCACCUGGUGCAGCACAUGCUAGUCCACUCCGGGGAGAGGCCUUACGAAUGCGGCGUCUGUGGCCGCACCUACAACCAUGUCUCCAGCCUCAUACGCCACCGCCGCUGUCACAAGGAUGUGCCACCAGCUGCCGGGGGUCCACCACAGCCCGGACCCCCACUCCCUCAACUGGGUCUCCCAGUCCCCACAGCCAGUGCGGCCGCUGCUGUCCCCACCACGGUUUCCUCUGGCCCCCCAGCCACACCUUCCGCGCCUGCCACCUCUGGGGAUGCCAACACCGCCCCCACUGCCCCUGCAGGCGUUGGCGUGCCCCCUCCGUCCACUGCAGGUGGUGAGGGCCCAUUUGCCUGCCCACUCUGCUGGAAGGUGUUCAAGAAGCCCAGCCACCUUCACCAGCACCAGAUCAUCCACACAGGCGAGAAGCCCUUCUCCUGCUCCGUGUGCAGCAAGAGCUUCAACCGGAGGGAGAGCCUCAAGCGGCACGUGAAGACACACUCCGCAGACCUCCUGCGCCUCCCCUGCGGCAUUUGCGGCAAGGCCUUCCGGGAUGCCUCCUACCUCCUCAAGCACCAGGCGGCCCACGCGGGGGCGGGGAGCCCUCGGCCGGUGUACCCUUGCGACCUGUGUGGCAAGUCCUACUCAGCGCCGCAGAGCCUACUUCGGCACAAGGCUGCCCAUGCCCAGCCUGCGGCUUCGGAGGCAUCCAAGGACGGCGCUGCCUCUGUCCCGCAACCCCCACCCACCUUUCCCCCUGGCCCCUACCUCCUGCCUCCGGACCCACCCACCACAGACAGCGAAAAGGCCGCAGCGGCUGCAGCGGCCGUGGUCUAUGGCGCCGUGCCAGUCCCACUCCUGGGUGCCCAUCCGCUGUUGCUUGGUGGGGCAGGGACCAGCGGGGCUGGAAGCUCUGGCGCCGGUGUCCCAGGAAAGACUUUCUGCUGCGGCAUCUGCGGGCGUGGCUUUGGGCGCCGGGAGACCCUGAAGCGCCAUGAGCGCAUUCACACUGGAGAGAAGCCCCACCAGUGCCCCGUGUGCGGGAAGAGGUUCCGCGAGUCCUUCCACCUGAGCAAGCAUCACGUGGUGCACACCCGCGAGCGGCCCUACAAGUGCGAGCUCUGCGGCAAAGUCUUUGGCUACCCACAGAGCCUUACCCGUCACCGCCAGGUUCACCGGCUGCAGCUGCCCUGUGCCCUGGCCGGGGCCACUGGCCUCCCCACCACCCAGGGUGCGACAGGAGCCUGUGGGCCUGGGGCUUCCGCCGCGUCUGGGGGGCCCACGGAUGGGCUAAGCUACGCCUGCUCAGACUGCGGAGAACACUUCCCAGAUCUCUUCCACGUCAUGAGCCACAAGGAAGCCCACAUGUCUGAGAAGCCUUACGGCUGCGAUGCCUGCGGCAAGACCUUUGGCUUCAUCGAGAACCUYAUGUGGCACAAGCUGGUCCACCAGGCUGCCCCAGAACGCCUGCUGGCACCCACGCCGGGUGGCUCCCAACCCCCUGAUGGCUCCAGCGCCACUGAUGCGGCCAGCGUGCUGGACAACGGGCUGGCAGGAGAAGUAGGGGCGGCUGUAGCAGCGCUAGCAGGAGUGUCUGGGGGCGAGGACGCCGGUGGGGCUGCAGUAGCCGGGGCCGGUGGAGGUGCCAGUUCGGGUCCUGAACGCUUUAGCUGUGCCACAUGCGGCCAGAGCUUCAAGCAUUUCCUGGGCCUAGUGACUCAUAAGUACGUGCACCUGGUGCGGCGGACCCUGGGCUGUGGCCUCUGUGGCCAGAGCUUCGCGGGCGCCUAUGACUUGCUCCUGCACCGCCGCAGCCAUCGGCAGAAGCGGGGUUUCCGCUGUCCGGUGUGUGGGAAGCGCUUCUGGGAGGCAGCUUUGCUGAUGCGCCACCAGCGAUGCCACACAGAGCAGCGGCCCUAUCGCUGUGGUGUGUGUGGCAGAGGUUUUCUGCGCUCAUGGUACCUGCGGCAGCAUCGCGUGGUGCACACUGGUGAGCGGGCUUUCAAAUGUGGCGUGUGCGCCAAACGCUUUGCACAAUCGUCUAGUCUGGCAGAGCAUCGGCGGCUGCAUGCAGUGGCUCGGCCCCAGCGCUGCGGUGCCUGUGGCAAGACCUUCCGCUACCGCUCCAACCUGCUGGAGCACCAGCGGCUACACUUGGGCGAGCGCGCCUACCGCUGUGAGCACUGCGGCAAGGGCUUCUUUUACUUGAGCUCUGUGCUGCGCCACCAGCGCGCCCAUGAGCCCCCGCGGCCCGAGCUACGCUGUCCCGCUUGCCUCAAGGCCUUCAAGGAUCCCGGCUACUUCCGUAAGCACUUGGCGGCCCACCAGGGUGGCAGGCCCUUUCGCUGCUCCUCCUGUGGGGAGGGCUUCGCCAACACCUAUGGCCUGAAGAAACACCGUCUGGUGCACAAGGCCGAGGGCCUGGGGGGCCCUGGAGCAGGGGCAGGAGCCCUGGGGAAGGAUGCCUGACUCCAGAGUUUUAUCUGCCGCUCCAAUCAGAUGUCCCUUCUUGACUCCUCCCUCCUAGGGCUGCUGAUCAGACUCUUCCCCCUCCUUGCUGUCACCUGUCCUUCUGAACUUCAGAUGUUUGAGUCUCCUUCAGGGCACAUGCCCUACAAAUCAAGACUAAAUCACUCCCAUCCUGGAUCUCUGGACCUCCCCUCGUUCUGUCAGACACUGAACUGAACCCUCUGUCCAACCUCUUUUGUAACCCUCACUAGCCACCCCCAGCAGCAUUCUGCCCUGGGAGCUCUUUGGUGGAGAUUAAUCUGAACUGCCUCCCCGUUGGAAUCUGGCUGGAUAGCAGAUAUGAGCUGAGUUGGGAGGGCACAAGGGGGGUCUGGG